CAAUAGUCUAUUAUCUCCAUACCAUUCCAUUCCGAAUAUCCCCAAAAACCAACCAAACAAUUCCUUACUUCUAUAGUGGGUAUUAAAGUGAUCAGUGUGAUCUACUCCGUAUCGACAACAUUUGUACUUAAGAGAGUGAUAAAUUAAUCAAGCAAACUCUCUCAAUAUUGAUGUCAACUGCUACCAAAAACCCACUUAAUCAUGUCAUCUUGCAAUCCUUUGAAAAUAAUCCCAAUUUUAUUCCCAAAAUAGGAAGAAUUUCUUCAAUAUUUUCGUUUUGUAAAAAUCAAACACCUAUUAAACUCACAAAUUGUCUCUCUAAUUCAAUUCAAUCAACCCACAAAAUUGUUCAUGAAUUUGAUCCCAAUAUUCCUGUUGAAGAAGCUGUAACUCCACCCAGUUCAUGGUAUUUUGAUCCUGCUUAUUAUUCCCUUGAAAUUGAUCGUGUCUUUUACAAUGGAUGGCGAGUAGUAGGUUGCAUUGAUCAGAUAAAGAAUCCUCAUGAUUAUUUCACUGGCAGAUUAGGGAACGUGGAAUAUGUGAUAUGUCAAGAUAGUGAUGGUGAAAUUCAUGCAUUUCAUAAUGUUUGCCGCCAUCAUGCUUCUGUUCUUGCUUAUGGAAGUGGUAGAAAAACCUGCUUUGUUUGCCCUUAUCAUGGAUGGACAUAUGGCUUAGAGGGAAAUCUCCUGAAGGCUCAAAGAAUUACAGGAUUGCAGAAUUUUGAUACGAAGGAGUAUGGGCUUGUACCCAUAAGCGUUGCUAUAUGGGGGCCAUUUAUUGUUGUCAACCUAGGUGUUUCUGAGAAGGAAGUUGAUUUUGGAUUUAUGGAGAAUGACUGGCUUGGCAGUUCAGCUGGCUUGCUUAGUUCCAGUGGAGUUGACACCUCUCUGAGUUACAUAUGUAGACGUGAGUACACCUUAGAGUGUAACUGGAAGGUAUUUUGUGACAAUUAUCUGGAUGGUGGUUAUCAUGUUCCAUAUGCACACAAAAAUCUUGCUUCUGGGCUUAACUUGGACACAUACAGCAGUGAAAUUUUUGAAAAAGUUAGCAUCCAAAGAUGUGCAAGUGGUGGUGAAUUUGACAGACUUGGAUCGGAAGCACUCUAUGCAUAUAUUUAUCCUAACUUCAUAAUUAACAGGUAUGGCCCUUGGAUGGACACUAACCUUGUUGUCCCACUGGGACCACGGAAAUGCCAAGUGGUGUUCGACUACUUUCUUGAUGCGUCGUUGAAGGAUGAUAAUGUUUUCAUUGAAAAAAGCCUAAAAGACAGCGAAGAAGUUCAGAUAGAAGAUAUCAUGCUUUGUGAAGGUGUUCAGAGGGGCCUUGAAUCACCUGCGUAUAAUACUGGAAGAUAUGCACCCACUCUCGAGAAACUAAUGCAUCAUUUCCAUUGCUUGCUAUACAGCAACUUAACUGGACAGACUCUUCAAUAUUAGAAACAACCCCAUAUGGUGGAAAUGCUAGUUUGUGCUCAAGAUUGGUUUCACUUUUUAUGAUCCUCUCAUAAUUCAUGAAAACUUUCUUGAAUUAAAGAACAUGGAAAAUGGUAUGAAAGAAUUGAGGCUGGAGUAACCAACAAUUGCGAUUUGAUGAGUCGUAAUUCGAUGCAUGAAGCACCAUUUAUAAAUGUUCCAACUAUGAUGUAAUAUAUGUACGUAAACUUGGAUAUUUAAUUGAAGAACUCUCUACAUUGCUGAACUUUAUAGUACAUCGUAUCAUUUGUACAUUGCUGAACUUAUUGUACUCCAUUAACAUAGUACACAUUAUCCGUGUGUUUCCUUCC